AUGCGCCUCCAGGCAGGGACGUUCAGGGACGCGGACGUGCAGGUGGAGGUGAACAACGGCAGCGUCUUCAUCGACUUCCGCAUCGUUGAGGAGGAAGAUUACACGGGGACAAGGAGGAGGGGGAAGAAGCUGCUCAAGCUCGUUCGCAUCUCCUUCGAUGGCUUCGGCUGCAGGGAUCUGACGAGCGAGCGGGUGAGGCCGAUGGACGUGGAGGACUCGAGGAAGAUGCUGGGGAUGAUGGGCUCGAAUGGAUGCGAUGAGGAAGAGCUCGAGAGGAUAGUGAGGAAGAAUAUCGCCAUGAACCAGAGCUUCAUAUGGGAGGAUGCACUCAAGGCGCAUGGGCUGAUAUGA